CCUUCACGACCUCUUCAGAACUCACAUUUUCUGCCUAAAUUCUGCUGGGACACUUAGCCAGAGGGACUUUGGAGAGUAUAUUUUUAAACACAUAAACAGAGAUCAUAGCCAUCACUGCUGUUAUGGCCUGGGUACAAGCUGCAGUCAGCCGAGCCAGUGAGGAUGUAUUUGAUGAAGACGCGGAUGAGCUGUAUCUACUACACAAAGAAUGGAACAGCACCAUGAAAAAAAGAUUGAAGGAAGGCUAUAGGGAUGGAAUUGAGGCUGGGAAAGAACUUGCACUCCAGGAAGGCUUUAAUCAAGGUUACAGACAGGGUGCUGAGCUGAUGGUUACAUGUGGCCAGUUCAGAGGAACCCUGAAUGCUCUCUUAUCCUGGUGUCAUUUUAAUGGACAUGAUUCUGCUUUAAGUGAGAUAAAUCAUCUUCUUGAUGCAGUUGGAAAGCAUGAAGAAGAUGUGCUGAAGUACCUGAGCUCUACUGAGCAACAGCCACAUUUUGGACACAUUUUAGAUUCUCUUCAGGACAUGGACCUUAAUCACGCAGCUCCAGCUGGAACAGAAUACAAUGAAGCUGAAGAUGGAAAACAUGCAGAUGGUGGCAGCUCUGGUGAAAACACUUGUAGAAGUAAUGGUGAAGUUCAUUCCUUGCAGUCUGAAUGCAACAAGGCAAAACUCUGCACAGAUCCUGAAAGGUCAACCCUUGCUUGGGUUAAAAAGAGGACUAUUUGGCUAAUAGAGCAACUGGGCUUAUCACUGGAUAUACUCCAUCAUGUCCAGCAUCUGGAACGUUAGGUUUUUUGUCUCAUGGUAUUUAAAAUUAUCUCAGCUGUGUUUGAUUCUCAAUUUGUGGACCAGGGCUGAUGCAUCACUUCGUUUCAGGGAAGUCUGAUUUUGGUACUUUCCAUUAGAGAUAAUUCUGCAAAAAUUCACCACAUCUUGGCUUCUGGCAAAAAAAAAAA